AUGUUUGUGUUCCCAAAACCAGCCCACGAGCCCAAUACCAGUUCUGCUGAUGCUGCGGAUGAUGCUGAACUACUCUUGAGUCUUUCAGUCUUUGGGUUCAGCCAACUCUCUGCCUCUGAUCAACAUGAGAAGACGAAAGAAAUCUAUAAAAAAGUAGUUGAAGAUGUUGUAGUGGAGCAACUCUCGGACGAAAGUAAAGGGGAUUUCAGACCCAGAACUUUCACCGAGCUAUUCAAGAAACUUCCCUUCCCUGACCAGAACCAUUUCCUGUCCACAGUUAUAAAGAAAUUCAAGCGCCAGAGGCAAAUUCGCGAGUUGAUUUCUUGGUUUACUACCGAACUAGACGCCAAUGAUCAACAACAACUUAUUGGAAAAUUGAUUCAUGUCAAAGCUGAUGACGAAACCAAUGACGGUUUCAGGCUGAGAAGAUUUACUCAGCUUUGCAAGGAUUAUACUGACUAUGUUUAUAUGCAUUUUGUCGCCUGCAGGGAAAAAUAUGGCACGAAACCAAAACAUACACAGCAGACAUCCGGUACUCAUGAAGGGGGGUUAGAUUGGCAGUCCCGUUUUAAUGAGUUUUUCUUAGGUUUCUCAAUUAUAUGGUUCAAGGGACAAAGCUCCCAUGGUCAAUGGCAGCUGAUUGACCAACUCUGUGAUGGAGUUAAAGGUGUUAUGGUUGAGAAGCUUGCAGACGAAAGCGACGCAGAUUUCAAACUCAGAAGAUUCGCAGAGCUAUGUAAUAAAGUGGUUGACUUUGGUGUCCAAGUCCACUUCCUUGACAAAGCUGAAGAGCAUCUGCUGCACAAACGAAGAGAUCUUCCUCACGGGGUGCUCGUUCAGCCCCAAGAUUCUGCCAGUGCUGCCGAAUUACUCUCGCAGCUUUCGAGUUUUGGGUUCAGCCUACUAUCCCCCAACGACCAACAAGACAAGAUUGAACACAUCUCUAACGAACUUGCUGCCGAAGGUGUUAAUAAUAAUAUUGUCGAAAGAUUUGCAGGGGAAACAGAGGAAGAUUUGAGAAGGAAAACAUUCGCAAAGCUGUUUAAUAAAGCUCCGAUGGCUACACGAGUUCAUUUAUUCGAGGGGUUUACUGAAAAAUUCUUUGUUGAAAGACGCUUAUGCGAUUCGAUUCUUUUGUUCAGGCAAUUUGAUUCUAAGGAGCAACAAGAAAAGAUUGAAAAUAUGCUUGAUCAGUUCAUGAGGUGGGAAGGUGAAGAUGUCAAAGAUGCCAUACUCGAGAGACUGCCCGAGGAAUGCGAUGAGAAUUUUAGGCUCAGAAGAUUUAUUAAGCUGGUUAGCACAUAUACAUUCCUUUUGGAUCACUUCAUAUGGGAUGAAGCAGAGAAGUGGGAUCUAAAAGGUUUACGUAUGCAGUCGUCAGGUAAAGAAGAGACAGAAGAAAUCAAGCAGUCCCGCUAUGCCGAAUUUUACUUGGGAUUGUCAAUUAUUUGGUUCAAAGCAGUAUGUGCCAGUGAUCCAAGAAACAUCAUUCAAGUAUUUUUUGGUAAAGUUGGAGGAGGAGGUGAUCAUACAAUUGAGAAACUCGUCAACGAGACUGAGGAGGAUUUCCGGCUCAGAAGAUUUACAGAGUCGUUUAAACAACUUCAAUUCAGUUCCCAGGAGGAUAUUGUGAAAUGUAUUCAAACGACACUAUUGCAUGAUCUAGGUGUUGGUGUUAAAUUCAUUGUCAUGGGAACUCCAAAUCUAAGAGGAUCAGGAGGAGUAACAGCCGCUCAAGGAGGAGGACGGGGACAAGCCAGCAGUAGAUGA